AUGCGUUUUACACAAAAUCUCUCUAGGGGCCAUUUUGAUGUCUACCUGCCUAAUGAGUUAGAAAUAUUGAUCCCUCAGAGAGACUCCACAUUACAGCAAUCACCUUUCUCUUUAUCCCUGAAGAAGGGUAGAAAACGCCGUGCCAGAUACACUGGCAAUAUAAGAAAAAAACAACUUCAAAACGCGGCAAAGACAUAUGCACUUCGUAAUCCUUUAAUGAACAGAUCUGCAGUUGCCAGGUACCAGCUAGAUAAUCCUGAGGUAGGCAGAGCUGCUAGGUCUCGAUAUGAGCAUACUAAUCCUCGCCAGAAAGUUGAAAGACUGAUACUUCCAUGGAAAAUAAUGGUCAACUCAGGAAUGACGUACAAUCCUGACCUGGCUUAUGAGGCAGAAAAAACUAUAGCUCUUGGUUCUAUGAACCACAAGUUCAAAUACUGCAAUGCUCUAAAAUGGAAAGAAGAAACCCCCGGGAUGUGCUGCAAUAAUGGCAAAGUGCAGCUUAUGGACAGACACCCCUAUCAUAAUCAUUUUAUGGACCUUAUACCUUAUAUAAAAUUGAAACUGAAAGGUUGA